AUGACGAGCAAGUUGGACAGUGUUUUGAUGACCCAGAGAAAGUUUAUCUACCACUAUAAAAAUGUUCGCUGGGCACGUGGAAGAAACGAGACCUACCUCUGCUUUGUGGUCAAGAGACGCAACAGUCCUGACUCUCUCUCCUUUGAUUUUGGACACCUGCGUAAUCGCUCCGGCUGCCAUGUAGAGCUUCUCUUUCUGCGCUACCUUGGGGUACUGUGCCCAGGCCUGUGUGGUACAGGUGUUAACGGUCCAAGAGUGGCAUAUGCCAUCACCUGGUUCUGCUCCUGGUCACCCUGUUGGAACUGUGCCCACCAUCUUGCCCGCUUUCUGUCUCAGACGCCCAACCUACGGCUGCGCAUCUUCGUCUCACGUCUUUACUUCUGUGAUGAUGAGGACAGUCAGGAGAGAGAGGGACUCCGGUGCUUGCAGAAAGCGGGUGUGCAAGUAACUGUCAUGACCUAUAAAGAUUUUUUCUACUGCUGGCAGACGUUUGUGGCUCGAAGACAGAGGUGCUUUAAGGCUUGGGACGGCCUCCACCAGAACUCUGUCAGACUGUCCCGCAAACUACAUCGUAUCCUUCAGCCUGGUGAGACUGAAGAUAUGGGAGACGGCUUUGCUCUGCUGGGUCUAUAAUGAAGA